UUCUUUCACCACGCAGAAAAAAAAUGACACUAAUUUGAAAACAAAACUUUUUUCGUCUGUCUAAGAAUAUGGUCGGAGCAUUCUGGGCUACUUACACAGUAACGGGCUAUCCUCUUUUUUUUGGUUUCAAAUAUAUCUACGCCAAAUAAGGCAAGAAGGAGCCUCGGAGAUCAGAAAACUGCGUCCAGAUAAAAUCAUACUUUCUACAUUUUCAAAACAGCAAUCGAAUAUGAACUUGAAAACGGAUCUGGAGCCAGGUGAUAGUUGCGAUCCAAAUGAAUUCUACUCGCGUGACACAUCUUCCAACUUCGACAAAAUCGUCAUCAUUGCCUGUGUGUUCACGUUUAUUCACGCGCCUUUUCUUAUCGUGAUGCCAUUUUGCAAUGAGCGUCUGAAAAUGAACUCGCGCAAGAUUAUUGCGAUGAUCGUUAUGUCGGAUGUCGCGUCCGAGUUGCUCAAGUGCUGGGUGGCUUUGUUCGGUUUCCCCGACAACGAGAGGUCCUGCUACUGGGUCACUCAGAUGCACUUAGUCACUAGAAAUUGGUCUCAACUAUGGUCUCUCUGUCUCAUAAUCUGUGUUUAUUUGACAAUCAAGCCUCGAUUCGGAUUGAAUGGCAGCUCUAAGUUUUUCUUAGUUGCCAGCCACUGCAUAAUUUGGCCCUAUGGCUUCCUCCUUGAUUUCAUUACUGCCGGUCACCCUCCAUAUGCAAUUAAAUAUUACGCAUCAGGAGGUUCUGUUAUCGAAGGAUGCCGAGGAAACUUCUCUUUCGAAGUUUCCAAAGACGAAGAAGACUGUCUGAUGGUCGGCACAGGAAAAGAAUUGUACAAAAUACAAACUGCCAACAUUAUUCUAAUUAUGAUUCUAACAAUCAUCUUCUUCGCGUUGUCAAUGAAAGCUGCUUAUGAAAGCUACCAAACCUGCAGGAGCAAAUGUAGGGAAAAUAUGCGAGCUUCGGUCAACGUUAUUUUCGACAUCUCGGCUGAGUUCAGUUUGAAAAUUAUACAGACAACGACCAAGCUAUCGCUGACCGCUUUGAUUUACAUCAUUGCCAUUUUGCCCCUCUUGUGUCUUAACUUCUUUCAAUUUAAACACGGAAACAUUAAUAACAGCGCUGUUCGCCAAUUUUUUAACCUUUAUCCGUAUUUGUGCACUUCGCUGAUUGGAAUGAUGAACAUCAUAUCGUAUGGAUACAUGAGUUCGGUGUUCCGCAGAGAAACGACGAAUAUUUUCAAACGAAUGGUCAGAAUGAGGAUCUUCAGAAGCAGUACUGAUGACGAGCAGUCGCCAGUCAUAAGCACGCGCAGUGAGACAAUGGGACUCUCAACAAACACUUUUUUAGACGACAAACAAAUAUUUGAGCACGCCGCUUUCACAUCCCUUGUAAUGACUGGAUAAAAACUCCAUCCAACGAUUAGUACAACAACAACAAUUACAACAACUCCAUACAACAAUUAUGAUAAAAAACCUUUCCGACCACUGAAGUUGGAGAAAGCUGUCAUGGGGCAAAAACAUUCAGCCUCUUUUUGAUAUCACGUGCAAACCAGCAUGCAGUGCUGAAUCAUGUAAGCUUGAAACAACGAACAAAAAAGUUUUCAAACAUAACUUUUCUCAAAUUGGGUAAAAUUAGACAAAAA